AAGCUUACUUCUGACACGGAUCUCCCAGCUCCCGACCCGGUCUCCCUGCCGAUCGGCCCCAGGCUGGCUGGGACCGCGGCUCCCAUUUCUAAGGAAGUCGCCGUAGCGGUGGCCGUGCGCGCCUUCUCAUCUGUGGCCGCGGAGAGAGCUCUUCCUCAGAGACUCGCACACUCCCCACCCUCCCCCCCAGCAUCUGCGGGCACCGGGUCACGUGCCUGGAGAAGGGCUCCCUGGUGGGGAGACGGAAGGGGAACAGGCCAAGAUCUCCCCUCGUGGCUCCCCUCGCCCCAGAGGGGCGUGGAAAGAGUUAAGGAGAGAGGGCUCCCUACCCCCACCCCCUGUGGCCCUGACAUCACGAGGCGGCCUCGCGAUUGGCCCGGCGAGCCCAUGACGCGCUCCACGGGGGGCUCAAGACUUGAAAAGACUAGGUCUGAGGUGGGGAGAAGAGGAAGCCUGAGGCGAGGCUAAGAAGGGGGAGGGGCGGACGCGUCUGGGAAGGCGCACUACCUUCCCGCUACCCGCGCGCGCUCGGAACGUUGGGCGCCCUCCCCUCGGUAGCACUUCACACGCACGCCGCGCGCAGACACGCGCAACGGCUCGGGCCUUCGGGCGCGUGGCCCGACCCGCUCUCUGGAUCCGGCUGCGUCCGGUCGGCCGGGCCCGCGUCCUCCCUCUGGUGUCCCGUCCAGCCCCGUCUGCUCCGGUUCUGCCCAGCCCGCCCGCCCGGGGCCGAGGCGCCGCGGGGCCAUGGCGGGAGCCGCUCGCCGGGGGACCCCACAGCUCCUCUAAGAUGGCCUUGGGGGAGUCCAUGCUGGCCAGCCUCCUCCCCAUCCUGAGCCUCCUGCUGCUCAGGGGCCAGGGCUGCCCCACCGCCUGUCGCUGCUACAGCAUGACUGUGGAGUGCGGUUCGCUGAGCCUACAGCACGUUCCGCCUGGGAUUCCACCCAUCACUCAGACAGUGUUCCUGCAGGAUAACAGCAUUACCCAGAUCCACCAGGCAGACCUGGCCCCACUCUCAGGCCUGCAGUACCUCUACAUGCAGAACAACAGCCUGUGGGCCUUAGAGCCGGGCGCUUUCCUUGGCCAGCAGCAACUUCUGGAGUUAGCUCUCAACCGGAACCGCAUUCACCUGCUCAACAGCAGCAUCUUCAAGGGCCUGGACCACCUGCGGGUGCUCUACCUGGCAGGGAAUCAGAUCACACGGCUCCUUGACUUCACCUUCUGCUAUCUGCCGAGGCUGCAGGAGCUGCAUCUGCAGGAAAACAGUAUUGAGCUGCUGGAAGACCAGGCCCUGGCCGGCCUCUCCUCCCUGGCUCUGCUUGACCUCAGCAAGAACCAGCUGAGUACCAUCAGUCGAGAUGCCCUGGUCCCCCUGGCCAGCCUGCAAGUCCUGCGCCUCACAGAGAAUCCCUGGCGCUGUGACUGCGCUCUGCACUGGCUUGGGGCCUGGAUCAAGGAAGGAGGGCAGAGGCUCCUGAGUUCGCUGGACAAGAAGAUUGUGUGUUCCGAGCCCCCACGUCUGGCCCACCAGAGCCUCCUGGACAUCUCGGGCAACAGCCUCAUCUGCAUCCCCCCUACUGUGCACGUGGAGCCAGUGGAGGCCACUGCCCGGCUUGGGGACGACCUGCGGGUCUCCUGCCAGGCCUCGGGCUACCCCCAGCCUCUGGUCACUUGGAGGAAGGUGGCCCAGUCCCGGCUGGGGCUGCCCAGAGCCAGCGUGCGCUUGGUGGGCGGGCCCCGUGGGGGGAACGAGGGAAGCUUAGGGGAGCACCUGGCCUCCGACACAGGCAGCGGGAUGCUCUCCCUCACCAACAUCACUAUGGCCCACGCUGGAAAAUAUGAGUGCGAAGCCAGCAACCCGGGGGGCAGCACUCGGGUGCCCUUCCAACUGCUGGUGAACCUGUCCCAGCAGCAGCCGCCUCGGCCCCCGCCCCCCGCCUCGGGAGCCGUCAGCCGGGAACCCCUUUACGAGGCCGGCAGCAUGGACUUCCGCGCGCUGGGCGCGGCCACGCAGACGGCCAUAGCCGCGGGCAUCUCCCUGCUGGCCCUCACGGCCCUGCUGCUGACCGUCAUGAUCUGCAGGAAGCACCGAAAGCGGAAAAAAGCCAAACAAGAGGAGAGCGUCCUCUACGUCAAUGACUACUCGGACGGGCCCACGACCUUUGCCCAGCUGGAAGAGUACCGGGACGAGCGGGGCCAUGAGAUGUUUGUCAUCAACCGAAACAAGCCCCUCUUCCCCACCUAUGAGGAAAGCGGGGAAGGAGCGCCCCCCGGCCGCCCAGGCCUGGUCCCCAGCUCCGAGACCCUCCAAGACCAGGGCCUCUUGUUCCAGCCACAGAUUGCCUAUGAAAUCCACUGCUGAGGACCUGGGCCGGACCAGGGGGUGGGGAGGAUGGGGAGGAGACCGGACAAGGAGGGCCAGGGGAGCAUGCAGAGACCCUAGAGGGAGACUCUGCCGAGAACAGACGGGUCGGGCAGAGAUUGACCGGAAGUCCGAGUGGGCACAAACCAGGAAGGGGCCUCAGUGAUCGCGGGAACCCUGGGCUGGGCAGGCACAUGAGAAGAGCUGUUGCCCCUGGACUCCUUAGAUCCAGGGUAACUGGGUGUAGUUGGAGAGGGGAGCCGGGAGCCGCGGGAGGGAGCAGCAGCGGACUGCGGUUUAUGAUAAACUUCCCACCCCACUCUCGCCCCCCCACCAAGCUUCAGCCAUGCACAGUAGGGCAGUGCUAGAGGUUUUCAGUAGAAUUCUAGGUUAAGGACAGGCGCGGUCCCUCCGAGGGGAAGCAGCCCCCAAGUUCCUCACAAGACCAGAAGGCGCUCUAAAGUCUCCCCCAUCUCUAAAGGAGUGAGGGAGUGGGCAGAAGGGAAAAAGUUAUCUAGCACCUACUUUGCUAAGCACUUUACAAUAUUUUAGAAUCCUGUGAGGUAGGAUUGUGGUUAUUCCCAGUUUAUAAAGGAACUAAAGCAGAGGCGAAAUGCAAGUCCAGAUCUGAGACUGAAUUAGAACUCGGGUCUUCCUGACUGCAAGUCCCGUGCUCUAUUCACAGCACCCCUAGUGGCCUCAGCUUUGAGCUGGAGUUAACGAAGGAUGCGCCUAAAACGCCCAAAUGGGCGGGAAUCGCAUCACCGCUUUACUACCCUCUCAGCCUUAGAGAUUCCCUAGUCUCCGGCUUUACGUCACUUCCGUCAGAAGAGGGCGGGAAGGUGGCACUCUAGGCUGCGAACUCGUCUGCUCCGAAGUGAGAGCCGACAGAGUGCGCGCGCCGACUCCUGAAGAGGUCCAACCUGGCUCCUUCCUCCCUCUUCUGGCGGUUUCUGAGACGCGCUAGGCUGGCGCCGCGACAGAAAAAAGGCAUCGCCCGUGCCCGGAACUACCAGGUGGUUCUUUCAAGGAUUAUUUAUUAAAUCUAUUCUGUGAGAGAGCAGCUGGGUGGCACAACGAAUCGGAAGAACCCGAGUUCCAAUGUGUGACCCUGGGCAAGACACAACCCCAACUGCCCGUGGGUGUGUUCCGGACAGCGCCCCCUGACCUGCUUUUUCCGGACCCUGGAAAGCAGGCUUCCCGGCGUGAGUAUCUCUACCACAGAGGAACUUACAGGGCGCUUCGCGCAGCGCCUGGCAGGGAA